UAGAAUAUCGUCUAUCUAUAUCUAGAUCAAUCUGUAAUACACGGCUUGUCUCGUUUGUGUUUUAACGCUCAUCCUGAUUCUGGUAUUUGAACGCAUGCGCGAGACAUGUUUUACAUAAUAGACCAUGUAGGGAUGACGCCGGGCAGUACUUGAGACUAGUAUUGAAGACGCGUUCUGUGCCACACUGGAAAUACAAAUGGAAAUAAAAUCAGUUCCCUAGAGAAAAAAUCCAUCUCCAUUCUCCGCUGGCAAGACAAAGUACUUACAGCAUUCCUGGACAAGAGGAUGAAAUAUUAUACGACUAAGUGACAAAGACAAAAGGAAAUCCAAGUGACGCACUGACGGCCGUGCACCACCUCAUCCACGAUGCCUUACAGGUCUAUCAUCAUCCUAGUUGUCACCUUCUACUGGCUGAAAGAAUCGGCUAACGAGAGGACCAAGAACGUGUAUACCGGAAAGUUUUCAUGGCAAAAGUACGACGCUUUUGAUGACAUCGACGAUCGAUUCAUCGCCAUCCAAGCCGGUAACUGUCAGUCGAAGCCAAAAGACGAAAUGGUGUUCAGACAAGACUCUGUGUCCCAGAUCCCCAAAUACAAUCGACUGCUGUCCACGAUCUGGUAUAAAAACCGGACUUCGCUCGUGCACCUUCACAACAUGGCGCUGAACCGCGCCUUCUUCUACAGCUACAUCUUACAGAAAAUGAACGACACCCACUCCUUCCACGUCAGCCCCAACUGGAUGUACAUGUACAUGUCCACCACGGCAGAUGUCAACGCCAACCCCAACAUGAUCAACGGCAGCGCCAUCUACUUCGACACCAACUGCAGCUACCCCAACUGGUACACCACGAUGCCUUUUAACAAAACGCUCAACCUGUUUGCACCGAAGGCGUGGAGGUGGGAUGAUUACAACGACCAGGACAACUACCUUAGAGAACCCACCAAAAAGGUCGUCAUGGUAACGGAUAUGGGGGCAGGACGUAGCGCCAAUUACACCCACUCGGGUUAUAAGAUGAAUCCUUGGUACACAAAAUGGCUUCCAGAUAUCGCAGGCGAUGUGGACUCAUUAACAAAAUUUACGUAUACAAUCGGCAUAAAGUAUUCCAACGAAACGGGACGAUUUACCCAUCAAGAAUUUUUGAAUUCUCAAUUCUUUGGUCCAUCGUCUCCAAGCCAAUCAGAAAAGGACGAGCGAAUGCUUCCGGUUCAGUUCACGCAGCCGUACUUCGACUGCAGCGCCGCCAAAAAAUGGGUGCUGAGUGCCGUGUCUCCAGUUGUAGACUACAUGCCUCGCUACUCCAACUGGACGCAUCUCCGUCGACAGAGAUUUGUCGCUGCCAUUGUGAUGGACAUUGAUUUCAACCAAAUAGAUUACAACGCGUGUGGUGUCAGCAUGGGAAACCCUGGUCCAAGUUACCUGUCAGGUGUUGCCAGGUGCAAGUCCAAAACUACAGGGUGCAAGCACAAAAUGGGCUAUGGGUUCACAAGAGGAGGGUACGUGUGUGUGUGUAAGAGUGGCUACCACUACCCGAAGUGGAUUGACCCGCCCUACCAAGGAGACGACAUUGAGAGAGCGACAGAUGACGAGUACAAUAAUGGAUUCGACUGCAAGCGGACUGGUCAUCGUCAAGUACUGCCGCAGAUCGACCAGUUAGAGGGAGUGACUAUUGAGGGCGCAUCCUCCAAGUUGACAAGUGGGGGUAACGAAGCGAAACCUCUAACACGAACCUUUCACUCCAGGAGGACACGCUCUGUAAAUACAACAGAGGAAGAUGUUUAUCCUACCAAUCAGAUGCACAGAGCCUUUAUUCCACCCAAUCCGAAAACAAGAAAGUUGGUUUCUCGGCUGCCAGAGGAGAAACGUAAGACAGUGCUACGUCAGAUGGUCGACUCGCCCAAGGAGGAAAAGGAGAAUCGUAAAAAUACAUUAACGUGGGCCAAAUAUGCUCAUGGAAAAGUGAAAUUUAUCAGCAGAAAGACAAUUAAAAUCUUGAGGAAAAAGUGGCUUAAAGUUAAGAAAAUAAGACAACUCAAACGGUCGAAGAGAGCUCCUUUUAAGGGUCCGUUUGAUCAGGUUUCCUUUGAUUCCAUGAUGCGGAUCUUCCGACACAAGGCGAGCGUUACGGCGCAGAACUGCCACACCAAAUCAAAGAACUUGUUGUACCUGGCGGGAGACGUGGGUUACGGGUUCGACAGCCAGUUUGAGGCAGAAGGAAGAACAGCUUUACGACUGGCUCACUUUGUGAGUAACUUUCUUCAGAACACGUCGCCAAACGACAACUUUGGGACUCUGCGUGGAGGUGGGCGUCUGCAUAUGGAACAUCUGUUGGGAGAAGUGCUCGCUAACGUCAUGGCCAACCACAAGAUCCUAUCUAGCGGCAUAUUCUGGGACACUCAUCAGUUUGUAAACCAAGAUGAUUCUACCAGGGAAUUCUUUGGUCCUUUGGCUUAUAAACAAAAAGGCAGUUUCUACACAAUAGAUUCUGCCGGACUGCCAUCGCGUUAUGUGGAUGAGGAUUGGUACUGGAGAAGCAAAUCCAGAUGGUCGACCAACGUUGAAAAGCUCGAUACGUACAAGCUGAGACCCAUGGUAAGGUCCAAUCCAGAGGGAGUCAGUUCCGUCCAGUUUGAGUAUUUUCCAAUGAGCUACAAGGCCCCUGCAUACAGAGAUGGCUUCUGGACUCGGCCGACAUUUAAAUGUGAUGGUCGUGUGGACGAGUGGGUUCUCACCUACGUCGUUCCCUUCUUUGGUCUGGAUGGACUCAAAAAGAAGAUCCAGUUUAAGGGUGUGGUAACUGUGGACGUCCCUCUGGACUUGUUGGAAAUUAAUCAAUGUCCGAGUCCUUUCCACGUGGCUAAUGCCUUCAAGAACACCGCACGAUGUGACCAGCUCUCCACAAAGUGCCGGAAGCAGAACGGUUUCCUGUUCAUGCGCGGUGCGUACCGCUGCGACUGUCGUCAGGGGUUCGAGUACCAACACUCAGAUGGCAAGUUCUGGAUCGAGGGGUCGCUUCUAGAGUUGGAAUGGGAAAAGAAACUAAGAGGAUUAUUCAGCAGAUUCGACUUACUGAAAUGCCGCAUAUCUAGCGCCGGGGUCCCUGCAAUACAUCUCAUUUGCCUGUUACUAAGCACGUGGCUCACGUUCGCACUGUGCGAUGUAGGCGUGUCGCUCCACCUCCUCCUGUUCGGUUACAGCUCGCUGUGACAUUGGCUUAUAUUUUUUAUUAUUUUUUUAAAACAUUAUUGACAUUUUUUUUAAUUCAUUUUUGUUUACACGUUGAAGUCUAAUUAUGACUUGAAUUCACUUCUUAAUUCAGCAUAAUACUAUGGUAACAAUGAUUUCGCGGUGUUCUUUGGCACAUGUUGUACAAUUACAGCACAGAACUAUGGAGCAAAUGCUUAGUUCAGCAGUUCGCAAUCUAAUUAAAAUUAGCUCCACUAUUACAUGUGGAUCU